GUCCUCUCUUUAGCGCACCAGGCUCUCCCACCGCAUUUCUCACUGCGCUCUCCUUCUCAGUGGUGCGUAAGAGCGCGCCGAUGGAUGCGUAAAGCGCAGCAGCGCACUUCGGGAGGAGGGGCUGAUUAAAAAAAAAAAAAGCAUCUUACUGAGAACACACACACUGAGCAACCUGUGCUUUUUGAAUCUCGCGUGCUUUAUAGAUGAUGUUAGUUAAGAUGUUCAUCAGCUCGGACGAAGGCGCGUUGCUGUUUGGUUGUAUGUUUCUGGACUGUUUCAUGACCGCCUCCCGUCUUCGAGUCUCGGCGUUUCAGCUUGAAGUUGAACGGAGGAGGUAAACGAUCAUGAGAGGCGAUUCCUUUCUCCUCGGCUUCUUGCUGCUCAAAGUUACCGCUCUGGUGUGUAAGGCGGACGGGGAGCCGGGUUUGCUCGGGGGCUUCGUGAUGAUCGCCACCUCCAACGGCUCCACCGAGGAGGAGAUCGUAUCCGAGGAGACCCCCCACACGGAGGACAAAUGUCGAGGCUACUACGACGUGAUGGGACAGUGGGACCCUCCGUUUAUUUGCAAAACGGGCAAUUAUUUAUACUGCUGCGGCACCUGUGGCUUCCGCUUUUGCUGCUCCUACAAACAUUCUCGACUGGAUCAGAGCACCUGUAAAAACUACGACACCCCAUUGUGGAUGAAAACCGGCCAGACCCCGUAUAAAAAAAUGAACAAGAUGCACGACAGCGCCAAAGACAAGACGAACUUAAUUGUUUACAUCAUAUGUGGAGUUGUGGCUAUUAUGGCGCUCGUGGGAAUUUUCACCAAAUUGGGUCUUGAAAAGGCGCAUCGUCCACAGAGAGAGAACAUGUCCAGGUAA